AUGACACAAGCUAGCCUUUUUGACACUCCUCACUUUUUUGGCUCCAUUUCAGAUGCUCGUUCUCAAGCUUGUACAUUGGCUAAGAAAGAUGCUAUGGACCUCGUUGACCAAAUCCCAAAUGAAUUUACAACCAGACUUACUCUCUCCGCUUCAGAUAAAGUUGACUUGGACAUCCGAGCUUACAAGAGUUACCUCUCUUGUGCUGUCCGUUUCCAUUUCAGGUGCACUUUUAUUGACGCUCUCUUGAAUGCUCCUCAUACUGAGUCACCAGAAGAACUCUGGGAAAUCACAAAGGACGAUUCCGUUAUUUGUUAUGGCAUUCAGAAAUGUAUGCAACCUCUCUACAACUUCAUUUUUCAGCAGGAGUUGAUUUCCGCACUUAUUCAGAGGUUUAAUUAUACAUCCUGUUGUCAUAACAGACACAAUUCAGAAGAGACAUACCAGGGAAUUUACCUUCCUGCUACCUCCUUUGCCCAACUUUUUCCUACCCCAAGCAAACCCUACAAAACAUCCUUAACAUUCGUUAUCUCCGUCAUGGAAGACUUCAAAUCUUGGAAUCCUAAACCUGAACCUUUACUAGAAGUUCUUGAAGACUACCGCAAUAAAUUCCGGCCUUUUUUUGCCAUGCUCAAUAUUGAUUAUUCAGAAGACCCAAUGACAGCAAACAAGACGGAGGAUGAGAAACCCGCCAGUCAUUUUAAAGAUUCAUACUUGUUGCGCUACAACACUGUUUUUUACUCCAGUUUCCUCUUUGUCAUUUAUUCCAAGUACUUUCAAAAAAUCCGGAACCCGGAAAUUGAACCGGCCUUCAACAAAAUCCUUUCAAAGGUCCGAGGUUUGUCAAUGGUUACUGUUAACCACCUUGAUAAACUCAUUAAUGAGUGGUCCCAAUGUAGAGCCGUUGCUCUAGACCUUGAAUUUGCUCCACGUCACGUGGUUGAUAGUAUGUUCACCUGCUCUGCGACUCUCAGAGCUGCCCAGGGAUUAGGCUUUAAUUCAUUUACCAAUACCUCCACGCUCUCUAAAUUUGCCCCUGCUACUGACAAGUCUAAUACUAAUGUUAAGCUCACACAGCGUAAUAACGAAGGCUUUAAAACCAAAAAGCAAAACCACAAAUAUCUUGGAAACCAACCCCGCUGUGACUGGUGCAAUUACCAUCACCCUCCCAAGCAAUGUCAAUUUGGAUCUGAUGGUAAACCUAAUUCGCUCAGCAUACACCAAAAAUUCCCACGCACCGGAUCUCCAGCUGCUGCUGCUCUCUUGGACGUGGUCGUAGUAUCAUUCGUCUAA